UUCCCGAACAACGGAAGUGUCAUGGAAGUCGCCAUGUGAUUCGUCCUCUGCAUUUGUCCAAUGAGAACGCGCUUGUUUGGUGUAACAGGGACUUGCUGUGUAUCUGUAAUUCAAUGGAUGUAACAACACUGUAAAUUAAUGAGGUUAUCAGUCGUAAACAGUGAGGUGCAAACGAUCCGGUGAAAUGCCCAUCUUAUUAAUAAUGCACAGUGGAGAAGAGAAGAAAUACUGCUCCUGAUUACUGAGUGAAAAAUUCUACACAGCCAAAUAAUGACCUUUUCAGAAUUUCUGGGAGCUUUGAAGGACAACCCCUACUUUGGGGCUGGUUUUGGACUAGUUGGUGUGGGCACAGCACUUGCAGUUGCAAGAAAGGGGGCACAGAUUGGCAUGGUCUUUUUCAGGCGGCAUUACAUGAUCACCCUUGAGGUUCCCAGCAGAGAUAAGAGUUACCACUGGUUGUUGAGCUGGAUUACCAAACAUGCCAAGCAUACGCAGCAUCUCAGUGUGGAGACCUCAUACAUGCAGCAUGAGAGUGGACGGGUCCACACACAGUUUGAUUUCCACCCAAGUCCUGGAAAUCACAUCAUUUGGUAUGGCAGAAAAUGGAUAAGAGUGGAGAGGACCAGAGAAAAGCAGAUGGUGGAUCUGCACACAGGAACACCUUGGGAAUCUGUCACCUUUACAGCCUUUGGCAGGGACCGGCAAAUCUUCUUCAACAUACUGCAGGAAGCACGAGAGCUGGCUCUGAAGCAGGAAGAAGGCCGCACUGUGAUGUACACUGCUAUUGGUGCAGAGUGGAGGCCUUUUGGCUUCCCCCGUCGUCGGCGCCCUUUGUCCUCUGUCGUCCUGGAGAAUGGAAUAGCUGAGAGGAUUGUGGAUGAUGUAAAAGAAUUUAUUAGCAAUCCAAAGUGGUAUACUGACAGAGGGAUCCCAUACAGAAGGGGAUAUUUAUUAUAUGGACCUCCGGGCUGUGGAAAGAGCAGCUUCAUCACAGCCCUCGCUGGCAAGUUGGGUUACAGCAUCUGUUUGAUGAGUUUGAGUGACCGCAGUCUUUCUGAUGACCGGCUGAAUCACCUGCUGAGUGUGGCUCCACAGCAGAGCAUCAUUCUGCUGGAGGAUGUGGACGCUGCCUUUGUCAGCCGAGAGCUGCUGCCAACUGAGAACCCAGUGGCCUACCAGGGCAUGGGGAGGCUCACGUUUAGCGGACUUCUUAACGCACUGGAUGGAGUUGCUUCUUCAGAAGCUAGAAUUGUCUUCAUGACUACUAAUUUUAUAGAGAGACUUGAUCCAGCUCUAAUAAGACCUGGUCGUGUGGAUCUGAAGCAGUAUGUUGGAUAUUGUACACAUUAUCAGCUCACUCAGAUGUUCCGGAGGUUCUACCCACUGGAGUCUGCAGCUGAGGGGGAAAGAUUCGCAGCACGUGCACUGGCAGCACACACAGACCUCAGCGCGGCUCAAGUGCAGGGACAUUUCAUGCUUUAUAAAAUGGACCCUGCUGGUGCUAUAGACAAUGUUGCAAAAAUUUAAGAAUGUAAUGGGAGCAAUGAUAUGAACUACAAAUGAAAUAAUGUGUAAAAUGGACAAAUCAGACUUCAAUAGAUGUCAAACCGGAAGUGAAUUCUGAUGGUGUGUGGCCAUUUUGACAACAUGCACAAUAUUUGAAAUAAAAAAAGAAAGCUGUGAAA